CAAACCCAAAAUUGCAGUUAGCCAAGUUGGUACAGUUUUAGAGAGAGAGAAAGGAAAACCCAACGGAAUUCUAGAGAGAGAAACAGACGAAAACAGAUGAACAACGACGCAACCGAAGCGGAUAUGGUCAACUUCGUUGACUCUAACCGUCCAGACGACGUCGUAGAACCAGCCGAUGCUACGGCAGCGGCGGAAUCCGGUGACAAGCAGAGCAAAGUUAGAGGACCGUGGUCGCCGGAAGAAGACGUGAUAUUAAGCGAACUCGUCGGAAAAUUUGGCGCCAGAAACUGGAGCUUAAUCGCUCGACGUGUUCCCGGUCGUUCUGGAAAAUCGUGUAGGUUACGGUGGUGUAAUCAGCUAGAUCCUUCCGUUCAACGCAAGCCGUUUACUGAUGCAGAAGAUAGGAUUAUAAUCAAAGCCCACGCAAUACACGGUAACAAAUGGGCAUUAAUCGCAAAACUCUUACAAGGUAGAACAGAUAACGCAAUCAAGAACCACUGGAAUUCCACCCUGAGACGCAGACGCAUCCAUCCGAACGCCGUAUACACGUUACCAUCCACCACCGAAACCGACAUCAACAACCUCGACACCACAAAAGCAUCCUCCGAAGACACAUUAUCAAACGAACACAACCUUAACCCACCAGAAACCGACGACGUCACAACUCAUCAGACUCUUACCCGUCCAACCCCACAUUUUGGAGCAUUUUCCGUUUAUACCCCUGCAAACGGUAUUCAAAACGGGGCACCGGGGAUGGUUGUACCCACGCAGGGACCGUUAGUACAGGCGUGUAAACCCAGAAGCAUCGGGUGUAAAUUUCUUAAAGGUUAUGAAGAGUCUGUGGUUCCGUCAAGCUGUGGUCAUGGUUGCUGUUCGGGUUCGGGUUCGGGUUCUCAAACGUCGUUACUGGGUCCGGAGUUUGUUGAAUAUGAAGAACUUCUUCCGUUGUCAAACGUGGAACUAGCCACUAUCGCUUCGGAUCUCAACACCGUUGCGUGGAUUCAAAGCGGGCUUGAAAAUCCUGGAUCCGUUUCCCUCCCGGUUGAAGGAUUGAGUUGAAAUGGUCGGGUAUUAGUUUAACUUUCUGGCUAUAUAUAUAUAUAUAGGCUUACAAAGAUCUGAGUUACUAGCCAAAAAUGAUCUAUAGAGUUUGGUUUUGGUCCGUUAUGGUUUACAUAUAUCUGAAUAGGGAAAUGGUCAACUGCUGUUUUCAUGUUA